AUUGGUAUCUGAAGAGCUGCAAAAAUUAUCCCUAAGGCCCAGAACACAUUCCUAGGUUAGAUACUCAAAAGGGGUAUUUUAAAGGAGGCUGUUUAUAUUCAGACCGCCAGCGAAGGCAUUGCCACCUCGCUUCAGACAGGGGAUUUCCGCUGGUUUCUUUCUUUCUUUCUUUCAUCUCGGUUUCACACACUGUCCCUGGCUCUGUCGUGGGGCCCCAGUUAUCCCGUAACCAACCACUUAGAACCAAUCAAAAAGUAAAGAACAGAAAAAGGGCCCGCCCGCUUCCAACUUCCUUUGCUUCGCUGCCCGCCAACCGCAGAGCCGACCGAGCCAGAGCGGCUGUCAUCUUUCACCCAGCUCAGCUGAUCGGUUGCCGCGGCCGCCGCCGCCAGAUUCCAGAAGCAAAGAACAAGAAGCUGGGAAGCGAGACAUGGACGUGACCAUCGCUCCGCUCCGCGCCUGGGACGAUUUCUUCCCGGGCUCUGACCGCUUUGCCCGGCCGGACUUCAGGGACAUUUCCAAAUGGAACAAUCGCGUGGUGAGCAACCUGCUCUAUUAUCAGACCAACUACCUGGUGGUGGCUGCCAUGAUGAUUUCCGUUGUGGGGUUCCUGAGCCCCUUCAACAUGAUCCUUGGAGGCAUCGUGGUGGUGCUGGUGUUCACGGGCUUCGUGUGGGCAGCCCACAAUAAGGACAUCCUGCGCCGGAUGAAGAAGCAGUACCCCACGGCGUUCGUCAUGGUGGUCAUGCUGGCCAGCUACUUCCUCAUAUCCAUGUUUGGGGGAGUCAUGGUCUUUGUGUUUGGCAUCACUUUUCCUUUGCUGUUGAUGUUUAUCCACGCGUCGCUGAGACUCCGGAACCUCAAGAACAAACUGGAGAAUAAAAUGGAGGGAAUCGGUCUGAAGAGGACGCCCAUGGGCAUCGUCCUGGAUGCCCUAGAACAGCAGGAGGAAAACAUCAGCAAAUUCACCGACUACAUCAGUAAAGUGAAGGAGUAAAUUUAGAGCUGACCCAGUGAUGGGAAGGCAGCAGAAAUCGAGUUGCAGUUUGCCCUUGUCCAGACCUACUUUCCGUUUGUGUUUUUUGAAACAGGAGGUGCACGCACCACAUCCGACUCUCUGGGGCAGCAUGCAGGUGGGGGCCACGCUGCCAACAUCUCUGAUGUUACAGCAGGAAGCCCUCAGAAACCAAAAGAAACCGCCCUCCUGUUAUGUCUGAAGUUUCAAGUGUGUAUAUGAAAGCUUGAUAGGAAAAGGAUCAGACCUAUUUCUUAAGGGGAGUAAAAAAAAAAAAAAUCAAUGAAUCACGGACUGGAUGGCAACAAUACGGUUAUCUUGUAGGAAAACAAAAUAACU